AUGGAUGUUUUUGGUUAUUUUCGCAUCUUCCUCUCAUUUUUUCCAUUGUUCAGUGUGUACUUCACUGUUUGUUUCCGUCUUCCUUCCAUCGAAGGUUUACACACUAUCGUCGCGUAUCAAGAAUCUCCGUUUUGUGUCUACGCGAAGCGUCGCAAGAGCGCUCGUGUGCUUAUAACCCUUGAGUGUACGGAGUCCCGUAAGCUGGGCGUGCCGCCAUCUCGUUACUACACCUCAAAGAACAAGGUGAACACGCCUGAGCGUCUUGAGCUGAUGAAAUAUAACAAGUAUUUACGCCGUCACACUCUUCACAAGGAAAUAAAUGCCACUGGUAUGUCCGUGUCUAACGAGGACAAGCUUUCUUUUUACAAGUACUACAAGCAGGCUAUGCUUGGUGACUGUAACACAAGUCGUCCGGGUCUUUUCCAGGUUCAAGAGCGUUACAAGUGGGAUGCGUGGGACAGCGUUCGCGGGAUGUCUCAAGAGUCUGCUAAAGAGUCAUAUGUGCAGCUGUUGGAUAAAUUGUCCCCCAAGUGGCGCGAAUGA